AUGAAAAAGCAGGAGGAGAAGGAGACAAAAACACGCUUCUUCACGGGCUGGAAGCGAAAGCGCGACAGUGCGCAGGGCAAAGAUGAGGAGGACAUAGCGUCAAACCUGCUGGUGGACGGCGAGUUCCGGAACAAGCUUCCUCUUCCACCUGUGCCGCGGCUGCUCAAAGCUUUACCCAGCAUGAAGGAGCUCUGCGACUAUCGUUUGGAUGACUUGGAAAGUAAGUUGAGGCCGUAUUUGCUUUCAACUCAUUCGCUGCUGUCGCGAAUCCACAUGGAUGAUGACGAUGCCUACGGAAAGGAAGCCGAAAAAGGCUCCAUGGCACCGCCGCCACCACCCAUGGAUGCGCUGCUCUUCAGGGAUGACGAUGUGCCGGAGGAAGUCGAGCGAGCACAGAAGCUCGCACGGCUGACAGAGCCCACGGAUGCCUACCACCGUCAGGCCUUCGGCUUGCAGCUUCCUCAGCUCAUCACCAAC